AUGUUUUCUGUACAAUUUCUAUCAUUUAUAUUUGCAAUUUAUGCGGAAAUUUUCAUUUGUUCAACUAACACUGAAAUUUUAUUAAAAUCAUCUGAGCAUUUUGAUGAUGCAAUUGCAAACGACAUUUCCGCCUCAACAAUUAUUAGCAAUGUAAUCAAUGCUACUACAAUUAUCACUACCACUACAACAGUUAUUAACGGAAUUCAAGCUACCUUUAUUGAUGAUCUACCUCUAGUGAUUAAUUCAAAUGAUAAUGAUUUAUCGUAUAUUAAUGAAUCGAUUGAUUCAAAGAUACAAUUGAAAUCAUUUGAAUCUCAAAUAAACAAUCAUAUUAGCUCUAAGGGUACUCUCUUUUGUCGCUAUCAAACUGUGCCAUAUAAAACGGCAAAAGUACGAUUAUAUUCAAAUAUUGCAAGAGUUAAUGAAGACAAGCAAAAAAUCAAUUAUAUUGUGGAUGGAAGUGAAUCAUGGGAAGAGGGUAAUUUUGAAUUGAAUGGUGAAAAUCGUGAUUUUAUCAUAUCAUUUCGUCCUGUAUUGGUUAUCUAUCAUCAAUGUGGUCAACUAAAACGGAAAAAUGCAACAUAUCGUCGAUUUAUUAUUAAAAUUCCUGAACAAUUUAUUAAUAGCAAUGAAUCAUUUCAUAUUGGUACUAUUAAUUUGGAAUUGUAUUAUCCAGGUCAAAAAGAUGGCAUCAAAUUUAUUCAUUUCAAUAAACCGCUCGAAAUUAGUGGUAAAUUAUUUUGUACCGGCGACCAUUACAAUAUAUCAACAAGUGUUGUACGAUUAUUUUCAACUGAUAAGCAAGAAGUGAAUAGUUUUAUCACUGAACAACAACCAAAUAAUGAGGGAUCUUUUCGACUAUCCAGUGGACAGACAAUACUUCAGAAACCUAUUUUAGUGAUAAAUCAUCAAUGUGGUAUGACAUUUUAUGAACGACAAAAGGAUAUCUACCGACAGUUUACAAUUUACAUCCCAUAUUCCUACUAUAAUUCAGGAAGAAUCGGUUUGAAGAUAUUUUAUAUCGGUCAACUCGGCCUUCACAUCAACUAUCCCAGUGAAAGGAACGCACCACUUAUCGAUAUAACAACAUAG